UCACUCUCUCUCUGUCAGUCGGUGUUGGUGUGUCCUCAGAAUGAGGUUAGCAGCACCAGUAGCAGCAGCAGUAGAUAGAGACAGCAGAAGCACAGUUGCUGCAGCAGCCAGGAGAGGCUGUCCUUCAGCGGUGCAACAUCUACUGCUGCAUUCACCCCGGCCCUGAGAACGUAACGCUCAUCCCUGUGCUCUGUCUUGAUGGGGAAGACCACCAUGUAGAGACGGAGAGGCAGCGGAGGCAACAGCAGAAAAGCAGCAAUGGGAUGCCACACAUGGAGCGGGUCUGGACUGCAGCCGUGGUGAGCCUGAGACAUAAAGGACUUGCAACCACCAUCAUUGCCCUUCUCAGGACCUGACCACUGGGGCUGUCCAACGCUUACCUGGAUGCUCCCCACUCGUGUUUUGUUAUCCCCUCGUGUCCUCCUACUCAGCUGCUCUCUCUCCUCUUCUUCUUCUGUUUCCUCUCUUUGAUGGUUUUUUGGUCUGCUGAAAUCCAUCUCUCCUGAAACAGAGAAGGCUGCACAUCCCCUCGGAUUUUUUAAAUCUCUCUCUCUGCUAAAUUUACCUGCAACAGCUACUCAUUUUUUCCUCUUUUUCUUUUUUUUUUUUUUUUGGUUGCCUGCUUGAUAAAUACUUUGGAUUUUUUUUUCUUUGGAUGAGACUGAGCUCUGUUUUGCAAGCUUUUUGUUUGAUCUAUAAGCAAUAACAAACAGUAAACCUAACUGACUCAACAAGCUGACAUCAUGGGGGACAUGUCCAACAGCGAUUUUUAUGCCAAGAACCAAAGAAAUGAGGAGAACCAUGCGGCCGCCUUCGGCUGCUCGGUCAUGGAGCUGCGUGCGUUGAUGGAGCUGCGUGGCACAGAGGCGGUGGUCAAGCUCCAGGAGGACUACGGGGGAGUAGAGGGACUGUGCAAACGACUGAAAACCUCACCCACAGAAGGUCUGGCAGGUGCCCAACCUGACCUUGACAAGAGAAGAGAAAUAUAUGGUAGAAACCUGAUACCUCCAAAAAAGCCAAAAACCUUUCUGCAGCUGGUAUGGGAGGCCCUGCAGGACGUCACCCUCAUCAUCCUGGAGAUCGCUGCCCUGGUGUCCCUGGGCCUCUCCUUCUACCACCCUCCUGGAGACAACGAAGGAGAACUAUGUGGCGACGCAGCAGGCGCAAUGGAAGGAGAGGGUGAAGCUGAGGCUGGCUGGAUCGAGGGCGCAGCCAUCCUGUUGUCUGUAGUGUGUGUCGUGCUGGUGACGGCCUUCAAUGACUGGUCGAAGGAGAAGCAGUUUCGUGGACUGCAGAGCCGCAUCGAGCAGGAGCAGAAAUUCCAGGUUGUGCGCGGUAGCCAGGUCAUACAGCUACCUGUGGCCGAUAUAGUGGUGGGGGAUAUUGCACAGAUCAAAUACGGUGAUCUGCUUCCUGCUGAUGGAGUGUUGAUCCAGGGCAACGACCUGAAGAUUGAUGAGUCAUCACUGACUGGAGAGUCUGACCACGUCAAGAAGUCUGCAGACAAGGACCCCAUGCUGUUGUCUGGGACCCAUGUUAUGGAGGGUUCAGGGCGCAUGCUGGUGACCGCUGUCGGUAUCAACUCUCAGACUGGAAUCAUCUUCACCCUGCUGGGGGCGGGCGUAGAGGAAGAGGAGAAGAAAGAAAAGAAAGGAGGGGCAGUGGAAGACGGACACCAGAAUACAGACUGCUCCCAUCCCCCUAUCCACCCCAUUGCAACUAUAGCCACGGAUGGGGCUGCAGGCAUUAAUGCCCCUGGCAGUGCCAGCCUAAUUAAUGGUAAAAUGCAAGAUGGCAAUAUGGAGGGCAACCAGAUUAAAGUGAAGAAGCAGGAUGGAGCAGCUGCCAUGGAGAUGCAGCCUCUAAAGAGCGCUGAAGGUGGAGAGACUGAAGAGAAAGAGAAGAAGAAAGUGUCAGCUCCGAAAAAAGAGAAGUCUGUCUUGCAAGGGAAGCUGACAAAACUGGCUGUCCAGAUUGGCAAAGCAGGUUUGCUCAUGUCAGCCAUUACAGUCAUCAUCCUGGUCCUGUACUUUGCCAUCGACAACUUUGUAAUUCAGGGGCUCACUUGGUUGCCAGAGUGCACUCCCAUCUACAUCCAGUACUUUGUCAAGUUCUUCAUCAUUGGUGUUACUGUGUUGGUGGUGGCUGUGCCGGAGGGUCUGCCACUGGCUGUCACCAUCUCCCUGGCCUACUCUGUCAAGAAAAUGAUGAAAGACAACAACCUUGUCCGUCACUUGGAUGCAUGUGAAACCAUGGGCAAUGCCACAGCCAUCUGCUCUGACAAAACAGGCACGCUAACCACCAACCGCAUGACAGUUGUACAGUGUUACAUUGGAGAUGUGCACUACAAAGAAGUCCCGGAUCCUGGAGUUCUGCCCCCGAAAUCACUGGACUUACUGGUCCAUUCCAUCUCUAUCAACAGCGCCUACACCACAAAGAUUCUGCCCGCAGAUAAGGAAGGCGGUCUGCCGAAGCAGGUGGGCAACAAGACAGAGUGUGGCCUGCUGGGAUUGGUCUUGGACCUGAAGCGAGAUUACCAGCCAAUAAGAAACCAGAUCCCAGAGGAGAAGCUCUACAAAGUCUACACCUUCAACUCUGUCAGGAAGUCCAUGAGCACUGUCGUCAAACUGCCUGAUGGCAGCUUCCGCAUGUACAGCAAGGGAGCCUCUGAGAUCGUACUCAAAAAAUGCAGCUAUAUCCUGAACGAGGUCGGAGAGUCGAGGGUUUUCCGUCCCAGAGACAAGGAUGAGAUGGUGAAGAAGGUGAUUGAGCCCAUGGCGUGUGAUGGCCUUAGGACCAUCUGUGUGGCGUACCGCGACUUUCCCGGCAAUCCUGAGCCCAACUGGGACGAUGAGAACAACAUCCUCUGUGAGCUAACAGCCAUCUGUGUCGUCGGAAUAGAGGACCCUGUCAGGCCAGAGGUGCCUGAUGCCAUUCUGAAGUGCCAGCGUGCAGGCAUCACAGUGCGUAUGGUGACGGGAGACAACAUAAACACAGCCAGGGCCAUAGCCAUCAAGUGUGGCAUCAUCCACCCAGGAGAGGACUUCCUCUGCAUUGACGGCAAAGAGUUCAACAGGAGGAUCCGCAAUGAGAAAGGAGAGGUGGAACAGGAACGUAUCGAUAAGGUGUGGCCCAAACUCAGAGUCCUGGCCAGGUCAUCCCCAACCGACAAACACACACUCGUCAAAGGUAUCAUUGACAGCACCAUGGUAGACCAGAGGCAGGUGGUGGCUGUAACAGGAGAUGGGACCAACGAUGGACCUGCUCUAAAGAAAGCUGAUGUCGGAUUUGCCAUGGGUAUUGCUGGUACAGAUGUGGCCAAGGAGGCGUCGGAUAUCAUUCUCACCGAUGAUAAUUUCAGUAGCAUUGUGAAGGCGGUUAUGUGGGGCCGAAACGUGUAUGACAGCAUCUCCAAGUUCCUUCAGUUCCAGCUUACUGUCAAUGUUGUGGCCGUCAUCGUGGCUUUCACUGGUGCCUGCAUCACACAGGACUCUCCCCUGAAAGCAGUGCAGAUGUUGUGGGUGAACCUGAUCAUGGAUACUUUUGCAUCUCUGGCCUUGGCGACAGAGCCGCCCACAGAGGAUCUGCUCAAGAGGAAGCCGUAUGGUCGCAAUAAACCUCUGAUUUCCAGCACCAUGACAAAGAACAUCUUAGGACACGCAGUCUAUCAGCUCAUACUUAUUUUCACACUGCUCUUUGCUGGUGAGAAGAUCUUUGACAUUGACAAUGGCCGCAAUGCUCCUCUCCAUGCUCCUCCAUCUGAGCACUACACCAUCAUCUUUAACACCUUCGUCAUGAUGCAGCUGUUUAAUGAGAUAAAUGCCCGCAAAAUCCACGGAGAGAGAAAUGUCUUUGCUGGUAUCUUAAGGAACCCUAUCUUCUGCUCUAUUGUGUUUGGCACAUUUUUUGUACAGGUUGUGAUAGUGCAAUUUGGAGGGAAGCCAUUCAGCUGUACACCUCUGGAUGUGGAAAAAUGGAUGUGGUGUGUUUUCCUGGGGAUGGGGGAACUUCUCUGGGGACAGGUGAUAGCCACCAUACCCAAUAGCAGGUUGCGCUUCCUGCGGCGGGCAGGCCAGUUAACUCAGAAAGAUGAGUCACCAGAAGAAGAUGUUAAUGAAGAAAAUGAGGAGAUCGACCACGCAGAGAGGGAGCUGAGGAGAGGACAGAUCCUCUGGUUCAGAGGACUCAACCGUAUUCAGACUCAGAUCCGAGUUGUGAAUGCAUUCCGUAGCUCCCUGUAUGAAGGCCUGGAAAAACCAGACUCCAGAACAUCCAUCCACAACUUCAUGACACACCCUGAGUUUAGGAUAGAAGACUCCACGCCCAACAUCCCCCUGAUUGAUGACACGGACGAUGACUCUGCUCGGAGGAGGAGGAAGUACUCCAGCCAGCCCUCGUCCCCUAACAAGAACAACAACGCCAUUGACAGUGGCAUCAAUCUCACCAUCGACAACAGUAAAUCAGCUGCUUCCUCCAGCCCCGCCAGUCCUCUGCACAGCCUGGAGACCAGCCUCUAACCCUGAUCCUGAACUCACCUCUUAACCUCUAAUGUUGUUUCCUUGCAGGGGCGCCUCCUCCUAUUCCUCCGGACAUUUUACUGUAACCACCAACAAAUUACGCCGAAAUUUUUCAACCUCUCUUUCCUUCCAGUCCCCGAAAACCACCAUUUGCCACCGACGCAGGGCGGGUCCUGUUGGAAGAAAAAAAAAAAAACGCCUUUCUUUAUUCUGUACCCGUGAGCCCAUAAGGCUCCGAGCUCCUUUUAAAAAAAACGGAGAAAAUCUAAUGAAGAAAAGAAGAAAAACUAUCAAAAAAGCGCAACAAAGCCACAAAACCUACACAGCCAUCCUGCUCUUGUGGUUACAUCCGUGUGUAUGGUGGCAGCCGCGGUGGUGUGGCGCGUCUGACCAUAUGCUUACACUGGUUAGCAUGUACUGUUUAAGUGUGCAGCCGACUGCACAAAAGUAUGAACACUGGGAGGAGGACGACGAGGAGGGAGACUCUGCUGUGGAGGAAAAACCAACAGGACAGACUGUAAACUCCCCUUACACUCCCUGUCCUCAACAGUAACAUUGUUAAUACUGAUAAUAGUUUAAAUUAAAAUGAAAAGCAUUGUUAUUAUUCUAAUUCUGAUUCUUAUUCUUAUUGUUCUUAUUAUUAUUGUUGCUCCUGCAUGAAUGUACAUUACCCAAGUUUUAUUUAAAGGGGUUUUAAUUUUAUUGGAGUUCUUUGGUUCUGAUGGCCUCGCGGCGGACUGCUACUUUAAAGACAGCUUCUCUGAGUUUCUAGCCUGCAAGGUUCCCUCUUCUGUGUGGCAUGAACAUGUACCCGACUGUAAAAAUUUAUUUCAUCCGUAAAUGGAAGCGUGUACCGAGGUGGUAGGGCUCAACUUGCACAGUAGUUUUGCACCUGUCGGAAAAAGAGGAAUGCAAAAUAACAAUAAUGAUGAUAGCAUUUAUGGGAUAUAGUCUAUAAAUACAUAUAAAUAUAUUUAGAGAGAGUUUAUCUUUGUUUGUUGGCAUGUUGCCUUGUUCCUGCUUCAAUGGCUCAAAUUACUUUGACUUAUUUAUGUCUUAAAGAGAAUGUAAUUUGUUUACAACCUCGUAGAGAUAAACUUCCUGGUUUCUAGAAGGGGGGAGGCGAAGGUGAAGCUCGAAUGGACCAGAGCUGUGUUGGUGUGUCAUUACUGAAAAACCAUGUGCUGGAAUUUGCCUGCUAUCUUGUCAAAUACUGUAGAUAUUUUUAGAAGAUUAACAACAAAAAGAAACCAAAAUAUAACGGGAUACAUAGUAAAUGUGGAAUCUUAGUAUUACUCUAUAUGAUUGUUGGGAUCAAGUUGGAGCGGCUUGCCUUUGGUUUUUCUAAACGGAGGCCUCCUUUAUUUGUGACGGAGGGGGAUAUUUAAUUCUUUCUUUUUUUUCCACUUCUCUUUUUUCAAAUUAUGUUGUUUUCUCUGUGCUGUAGCGCUGGCCAAGGGGUCAGGGCUCGAGUCAAAGGCUGAUAUCAGGACCUUAAUAGUGAACUGUCUUCUAGAUUUACCUGCUCGUUCAAAGGACUCAAUGUUUUAGAAAUAUGUGUGACCAUUAAAUGGCUGCGAUUGAGUCAUACUAGAAAUUUGCAAACGUAAUAUUUGGCCUGUACCGCGCGGAAAUCAGACUUUUUAUUUUUUAACUACAUUACGUUGUUCCCUUUUUGUUUUUAAAUUUCGAAUUUCUUUUUGUUGAAAGACAUUUCUUUACUUCUAGCAGAGGGAGAGACACUUACACAGCCCCACAAAGCUGUUGGCAUUUUUAACAUCUUAAAAAAAAAAAAAAAAAAAGGUAAAACUGACAAAAACAACUAAUUACAACAGAAAUGGAAUGUUAAUUUGACUCUUUUUCUAUAUAUACAUAUAUAUAUAUAUAUAUAAAAAAAAAAGAUUUUCUGCACUAUCUGGUUAUGAAUGAAAACUUCUGUGGUGUAACUCUAGAUGUGCUUUUGUGUGUUUUAACCAAGCUUGUCUUCCUGCCGUCACAGAAUAUACAGUACUCUAGCAUCUCAACUGUACUCACUCUACUUGUAAACUAUUUAUCGUGCUUUGACCAAUCAGACAUUACCAGAGAGAAGUUACAUGCAGAAGGCACAUUUACCCAGACUUAUUGCACUCAGAGGGACAAGGCCACCUAACUAGCCUGUACUAAUGUUAUUUCUAUUACUAACAAAGUCAUUGGCAAGCAUGACGUGAUAGGCUCAUUAUGCAACUUUAAAAAAAGAGAAAAGAUUUUUCUAUUUUAAAAAGAAAUCCUGAACAUUACUACAGUAAAUACCAUCAUCUAUCCACCAAUUUCGAUCCUUUUUCUUUUUUAUAUCCUCCUCCUCUGUCAUACCCCAGCCGAUCCAUCCAUCUGGAGAGGGUGCACAAGCUUUAUCAGUCAGCUCAGGCAUGUUGAAAAAGUAACAUGGACCAUUUCAAUACAAUCUGUCCUUUUAAGUUGGAGGAAAAAAAAACAGUCUGGAUAUUCUGGUAUUCUGCUUAAAAGCUGUUGAUUUAUUUCGUAUCCUUUCCGAUGUUUUAACUUGACAAUUUAUUUGUUUGUCUGUAAAAAAUUUAAACAAUAAACUAAACAAAAACAUAACGAUAGCAUUUUCAAUAAUAAUAAUGAUAAUACAAAAAAAAAAAGAAGAAGAAGAAGAAGAAAAGACUUAAGCCAACAUUUGUGAACCACUUUUACAUCCAGGAGGACUUUCAGCUUUAAGAGGAUGCAAAGUUUCAAAAAUAAUCUCUGUAAAUACAGCAAUGAGUCCGCUGAGGACACACACUUCAGUGCGGACUGGUGUGAAAACUGGGACUUCUUCCUGACUACAUCUACCAUCAUGCACCGCAACAAGUCAUACUGCCGGCGCAGCUGAUUGGCUGUGUGUAAUCAAUCACUGCUCCUGUCAGAAACUUCAGAACAUCGUGAUUACAGCCAAAUCAUAACACGUGUUGUAACAACCAAUAAUUAUGUUGAUGAUGACACUGAUGAUGAUGAUGAUGAUGAUGAUGAUGAUGAUGAUGAUGAUGACGAUGAUGAUGAUGCUGAUGCUGAUGAUAAUGAUGAUAUCAAUGAUACUUCUUGCAAUAUACUCUCACCUGCCUCGAUGUACUGUAUUUAGCAGCAUGCAGUUUGUGGAACAAAGAAAAAGAGAAAUGCCAACAGAUAACUUUUUGGCAUACUUAGCCAUUCAUGGGUAAGUGAUUUAAGUGUUCAUCUUGUUUUUAUGAUAUUUUUUUUAUCUAUACAAUAAUUGUAAAUAAAGAACUCAAUGUCUUUGUUCAUUUAAUACUAUGCAAAAAGUCAUGCUUUUCUGAUUGUUACCCACCCUUAAUCCUAGAGUGUGUUGCUGGAAUGUUUGUGGUCUCAAAAGUCAGUAAAAAAAAACAACAACAAAGAAAAAAAACAAUGUGACGUAAAUUAUUUUCUAGCCUGAGGAAAAAAAUUUAAUGAAAUUUAUUAUUAUUAUGAUAUCACGAGGAGGAGGAUGAUGAUGACAGUGGUGACGAUGAUGAUAAUGAUGAUAAUGAUGAUGGUGAUGAUGAUGAUGAUGAUGAUGAUGAACUGUGACUCUUGCUGCUUGACUGUCCCAUUUACCACUCUCCUGACAGGAGCGCAAGUGACAAACAUAAUAAAAACCAACAAAUAAACAAAGAAAAAAAAA